GUGGUGCUGGAUCCGAAGAUCAAUCCGGACCACAUGGAGAUGUUCGCGGACGUGCACGGUCGCGGCGGCAUUCUCGAGCCUCCCGCCGCCUCAGAUAUCGUGUUCAAGCAGGACAAGCACGUGCUCGAGAUGAUGCACCGGCUGGACGAGAAGCUGAAGGGCCUGGACGCGGAGAAGAAGGCGGGCAAGGACGUGUCCAAGGACAUUGCGGCUCGCGAGAAGCUGCUCCUCCCGAUGUACAAGCAGGCGGCGAUCAUGUAUUGCGACCUGCACGACAGGAGCGGCCGCAUGAAGGGCCUCGGCGCCAUCCACGAGGAGCUGAACUGGGCCGGAUCCAGGGCAUACCUGCACUGGCGAAUCCGCCGGCGGGUGCAGGAGAACGGUGCUGCGAAGAAGUUGAUGGCCAGGGUGGAGGGUCUUCAGUACUCGGAGGCCGCUCCAGUCAUCAGCAAGAUGCUCUCAGAGGUCGCCGCAGGCGGCGACGACAGAGUCGUUGCACAGUGGAUCGAGAACAACACCGCCAAGAUCGACGCGCUGGUGGAAUCUGAGAGGCAGAGGCUGACGAACGACAAGAUCUUUAAGCUGUUCAUCUCCCUGCCUGCCGCAGCGCGCUCGGACGUGGUCCGAGACCUCGUGGGAUUCACAAAGGUGACGGAGGCUGCGCACAAGGCGAAGUAG